AUGGACAGCAUCAAGGCUCGGAAUUUGGCCGGCAUGGGCGGGGCUUUCGAGUGUUUGUCGGCAUUAAUGGAGAUUGGUGACGUGGAUUUGAAGGAGAGGAUUGGAGUGGAGGCAGUGAAAAUUGGAGUGGAGAAAGCAAGGGAGUGUAUUGUUAACAGCAUUGAGUUGUUGGAUGGUAGAGAGACCAUCUUGAGCGAUUUUUAUAAUCCUUUACACGAUUUGGAGUAUUACAAUUUUGAUUAUGCGUUUGUUGUUUGUUUGUAUUUCGGGUUGUACUUGUUCUUGGCUUUGCUCUAUUUCUUGUUCUGGCGAGGCAAUUAA